UGUGAGAAGUUGAGGCACGAGAUAGAACCUGAGGUGACACAUUUAAGAGCCUCAAUCUGCAUUGAGAAGCGAGUCGCAGUCACAGUCUGGUACUUGGCAACAAACGUGGAGUACCGUACAAUAUCCCACCUGUUUGGCAUUGGCAGAUCAACUGUCUGCUCCAUUGUUCACAGUACGUGUCGAGCUAUCGUUCAUUGUCUUAUGUCUGGUUACAUCACGUUUCCUACUGGAGAAAUGCUAACAGAUGUAGUAAAGGGAUUUUCCCAGUCCUUCAAUUUUCCCCAGUGUGCAGGAGCAAUUGAUGGAUGUCACAUUCCAGUUUCUCCACCAGCGCUCAAUCACACCGACUACUAUAACAGAAAGGGAUGGUACUCCGUGAUUUUACAGGCUGUUGUAGAUCAUAAAUAUCUGUUUCGGGAUAUAAAUGUUGGCUGGCCAGGGAGUGUGCACGAUGCAAGGGUCUUGGCCAAUUCCUCUAUAUUUCAGAACGCAGAAAGUGGAUUGAUAUUGAAUGAACAGCAGAAAGAAAUUGAAGGGUGCACCAUACCUGUGUUUCUUGUUGGUGAUUCUGCUUAUCCCCUGAAGAAUUGGCUCCUUAAACCGUUUCCACAUAAUGACCACCUGACUGACGAAAAGAAGAACUUUAACUAUCGAAUUUCAAAAGCUAGAAUAGUUGUGGAGAAUGCGUUUGGUCGCCUGAAAGCUCGAUGGAGGCGUUUAAUGAAAAAGAACGACAUGCAAAUUAGGCAUGUCCAGCAUGUUAUAGCUGCCUGCUGUGUCCUCCAUAAUGUGUGUGAAAUACAUGGGGAUUCAUUUGAUGAUGACUGGAUGGAAGAGACUGAUUUGCAACUUCAACAUGCUGAAACGCACACUGUCAGAGAUACUGUCAAUGAUCGUACAGCAGCAAUUCGAGAGACUCUAGUUUCACACUUGGCAAAUAGUUAAUUAAUUAAUUAGUGAAGUAGGUGUGAUGUGGUCUUCCAAUCUAUUUUCUCGAAUUUAACUUCACUGAACACUGUAACUUGAUUGAACUGUCUGUCUGUCUGUUUCUCUCGCUGUCCGUCUGUCUGUA